UAUAAACAGAACAGCAAAAAUGGCAAGUACCGUGAUCUCAACCAACCCAGGUAUUCCUUUCACUGGCGUCAUCCCUGGCAACAUGUCCCCUGGCAAGAUGCUCUUCUUCCAGGGAUACGUCAAUCCCAACGCACUAAGGUUCACGAUCUCCCUGACCUGUGGCCUGACGCAGGCACCAUUGGACGACAUCGCGCUGACCUUCAGUCCAUCCUUUGGCCAAGGCGUGGUGGUUAUCAACCACUUCGAGAAGCAGACCUGGGGCCAGGGGGUGCAGGUUCAAAACCUCCUGCAGCCAGGCCAGAAUUUUGAGAUGAUCAUUAGCGCCGAUGCAUCUGAGUUCAAGAUUGCGCUCAAUGGACAACACUUCGUUGCCUACCCUCACUACAUCAAACGCUUACAGAGGAUCUCCCAUAUCUCAAUCAACGGUGACGUCAUGAUACACAACAUUCGUAUGGAAGGUGGCAGUGCACCUCCCCCCAACCCAGCCCAGCCCACUCCCCCAGGCCAGCCCACCUACCCAGCACAGCCCACCUACCCAGGACAGCCCCCUUUAAACCCAGCCCAGCCCACUCCCCCAGGCCAGCCCACCUACCCAGGCCAGCCCCCCAACCCAGCCCAGCCCACCCCUCCAGGCCAACCCGGCUACCCCGCACAACCCAGUUACCCAGCUCAGCCCAGUAACCCAGCCCAGCCCAGCUACCCAGCCCAGCCUUCAUACCCAGCCCAGCCUGCCAACCCACCUCUCCCCUUUAUGGGAAUGAUCCCGGGAGGGAUGAAGAAAGGAACAAAGAUUGUGAUUGAACUGACUGUGAAUUCAGAUCCAACCAGCUUCUACAUUAAUCUCCAAUGCGGCAUGGAUGCGUUAAGCGACAUAGCAUUCCACUUCAAUCCACGCUUUAAAGAGAAAGUGAUUGUCAUGAACACGAUGCGUGGAGGCGGCAAGUGGGACAGCAAGGAGGAGAGAAAAAAACCAAUAUUUUUCCCCUUCAAACCAGGCAAGACCCACAAGCUUGUGAUCCUGUGUCGGCAUUUCCACAUUAACGUAGAUCUCGAUCGUUUUAGUGUGGGUUGGUACGACCACCGUUUGCCGUUCAAGAGCAUCAAAGUUUUGGCCAUAGAUGGAGAUUGCGUCAUCAACAAAAUCAAGUAUGGUGAUGACUGAAUCCACAAUCAAUUUGAACAAAAACCCUCUACAUAACAACCAAAAGUUUUGCUGUGUGUUGUAAUUCUUACGUU